CGAGGCUGGAGGUGGGGCCUCGCCUCGGGAGGGGCCGCCAGCGUGAAGUGGAGAUAGCGGCUGCGGCGGCUGCAGCGGUAGCGGGGCCGGCGGUGUGCGGGAGGCUGGAGCACGAACAGAUCUGCAGAACUGGAGUGACACAAGAGAAGACACCUAAACAGUAGCAUCCAGUGGUCCCUGGUUCAUCUCUGAGCGCCAUGUCCUGGCUCUUCACAAGGCUGAAGUGAGGGGUCAGGUGCCGGCCCUGCCCCGGGCCAGGGCAGCAUGACCAAGCCACGACUUUUCCGGCUGUGGCUGGUGCUGGGGUCCGCCCUCAUGAUUGUCUUAAUCAUUGUGUAUUGGGACAACGUAGGCACUGCUCACUUCUACCUGCACACGUCGCUGUCCAGGCCUCACACCCUGGAGCCCCUUCCCACACCCAGGCAGGGUGAAGAGAAUGAGUUCGCUUCCGAUGUGGAUGAAUUUUUGGAUAAGCUUCUUAGCUCUGGUGCCAAGCAGAGGGACCAUUCCAGAAGAAAGACGGAGCAGCCUCCAGUACUGGCCCCGAGCAACCCUGCACUGAGUCGCAUGGAGGAGAGCGUUCGUGGCUAUGACUGGUCUCCCCACAAUGCCCAGCAGAACCCAGACCAGGACCGACAACAGGCCGAGAGGAAAAACCUACUGCGAGACUUCUGUGCCAAUACCAGCCUGGCAUUCCCCACCAAGGACCGCUCUUUCGAUGACAUCCCUAACUAUGAAUUGAACCACCUGAUCGUGGACGACCGCCAUGGAAUCAUCUACUGCUACGUGCCCAAAGUGGCCUGUACCAACUGGAAGCGAGUGAUGAUCGUGCUGAGCGAGAGCCUGCUGGACCGCGGUGCCCCCUACCGUGACCCCCUGGACAUCCCCCGCGAACAUGUGCACAACUCCAGCACACACCUGACCUUCAACAAGUUCUGGCGACGCUAUGGAAAGUUCUCCCGCCAUCUCAUGAAGAUCAAACUGAAGAAAUAUACCAAGUUUCUGUUUGUGCGGGACCCCUUUGUGCGCCUCAUCUCCGCCUUCCGCAGCAAGUUUGAGCUGGAGAAUGAGGAAUUCUAUCGCAAAUUUGCAGUGCCCAUGCUGAGGCUGUACGCCAACCACACCAGCCUGCCUGCCUCGGUGAGCGAGGCCUUCAGCGCAGGCCUUAAGGUCUCCUUUGCUAACUUCAUCCAGUACCUGCUGGACCCACACACUGAGAAACUGGCGCCCUUCAACGAGCACUGGCGCCAGGUAUACCGCCUGUGCCACCCGUGCCAGAUAGACUAUGACUUUGUGGGCAAGCUGGAGACGCUGGACGAGGAUGCCGCCCAGCUCCUGAGGUUCCUCAAGGUGGACACACAGCUCCACUUCCCUCCAAGCUACCGGAACAGGACUGCCAGUAGCUGGGAGGAGGACUGGUUCGCCAACAUCCCCCUGGCCUGGAGACAGCAGCUCUACAAACUCUAUGAAGCAGACUUUGUCCUCUUUGGCUACCCCAAGCCAGAAAACCUGCUCAGGGACUGAGCUCCCCAGUACUCAAUACACACUCAACGUCAUCCCUUUAACCCUGUGUCUGUCUCAGUGUGUCUAUCCUCUGAGGAUGGGACCCUGUGGCCAUUUGGGUUUUCUUGUGACUUUCUUCCCCUCCUAGUAUGAUGGAGAGGAUGGCACGAUGGGAUGCCCUCCCCAUCAAAGACGCUGGGACAACCCAGACCCCAGCACCUCAUGCUCUGGGGUCUCACCUUUCCCACCCUUUUGCAAUUGACUCUUUGUUUACUCCACAGCCUGUAUUCACGGAACACUGUGUUAAUAUUGUUUUCUAAGAUUAAUAUAUUUCAGAUAUAUUUAAUACAAAAGUGGGAGGGAGCUGGAGUAAAGUGUGGCACCCAGA